CAUUCCCGCCGCGACUCCUCCCGCCGCCGCUGCAGCCGCAGUGACAGGCAAGCCGGGCGGGUGACGGGAAGUGCGGGCCGCGGGCGCGGGCGGGAGGUGACAGCAGCCACGCGGGGAAGAUGGCUGAGGACUUCGGCUUCUUCUCGUCGUCGGAGAGCGGGGCCCCCGAGGCCGCCGAGGAGGACCCGGCGGCCGCCUUCCUGGCCCAGCAGGAGAGCGAGAUUGCUGGCAUCGAGAAUGACCAGGGUUUCGGGGCACCUGCCGCCAGCCAGGUGGCCUCUGCGCAGCCGGGACUCGCGAGCGGGGCAGGUUCAGAGGACAUGGGGACUACAGUCAAUGGAGAUGUGUUUCAGGAGGCUAACGGGCCUGCCGAUGGCUAUGCUGCGAUUGCCCAGGCUGACAGGUUGACUCAGGAGCCCGAGAGCAUCCGGAAGUGGAGAGAGGAGCAGAAGAAAAGGCUGCAGGAGUUGGAUGCUGCCUCGAAGGUGACUGAACAGGAGUGGCGGGAGAAGGCCAAAAAAGACCUGGAGGAGUGGAACCAACGCCAAAGUGAACAGGUUGAGAAGAACAAGAUCAACAACAGGGCAUCUGAAGAGGCUUUUGUGAAAGAAUCCAAGGAGGAGACCCCAGGCACAGAGUGGGAGAAGGUAGCCCAGCUGUGUGACUUCAAUCCCAAGAGCAGCAAGCAGUGCAAAGACGUGUCCCGACUGCGCUCGGUGCUCAUGUCCCUGAAGCAGACACCACUGUCCCGCUAGGUGCCUGUCAUGAGAAUGGCCGCGAAGCACAUGGGCCUUGCUGGGGCAGAGGAAUGGCUGCUUCAGCCAGGGCGGAACUUCCUCCGGCAGCCGCCAUUCGCAGCCUGUUCUGUUCCUCAGUCUCUGGGAGCUGGGAAGUGUACCCUUACCCCCUUCACCCCCCCUCCUUCCGACUCCUGUCAGCCCACUCCAUUGUGACUGUCCCUCCUGAUGUAUUUUUCUUGGCUUAAAGGGUGUGUUAACUCUUUUUACAUUUA